AUGGCCCAGAGCAAAAAUAACAAAAAAGCUGCUUUAUCAGGCAAUUCUAAUGCUAUUGAGCUUAAAAUGAUGCAUGUCGUUGAUGCUUUUAAAGAAGCCUCAAGCUAUAAAAAAAAAUUAACAAAAUCCUGGUUUGACCAUGAGCCAGAAGAUGAAGAGAAAAUCAAAAAAAGAUAUUUGCAUUUACAAUGGUCUGAGGUAGUUAUUACUUUAUGUGCAUUUUCAGGGUUUAUUGUCGGAGCAAUUAUAGCUGAUGUAGAUGCAGGAUUAAAUUAUAAUGUAGAUAAAGAGGUAGGGAUGCCGAUUUUAUAUACUUUGUCUACUCUUUCAGAAUAAUAAAUAUGGAGUCUCAGCGUUUCGCGGUCGGCUUCGCUGAAUACCUUUGAGCACAUAUUUAAUUAUGUCAGGCAAUGUUUUGCCAUUUUAGAGAUGGACAGCAAUGAUAGGUAAGCAAUUCUGGUUGUGUUCAGAGCCUAGCCCAAGUCUAAUUUUAGGAUGGUUUUCUCUCGAGGGAAGAAAGACACACAGAAAUUGGAAAGGGGAAGCCCAGCAGAGUCCUCUGAAACAUUCGGGCAACUCCUUAGCGUGACCCGCCCGUAAUAAGUAAGUAAGUCUACUCUUUCAGCAUUUUUAUUAGUUUUUGCUAUAAUUUAUAGGUCAUAUUCUGACCUUGAAUGGAGUUAGUUACUUAAGGCAGUGCAGGACCAAAGAUCUCCAGAGGUUCCUCUGUUUUGGGACUUGAUUUUCACAAACUCUGGAAGUAGGUACAGCAUAGCCUCUUCCUCGCCUUAAGUCUCAUCAUUGAGUUGAAAACUGUGCAUUUCUUCGACUAACAAUUAGCAACUUGAAGCCUGAUGGCUGAUAAGGUUUUUUCUUCAAUAGCUACAGGAAAUAGAUUAUUCCUGCGGCUCAGGCCGAAAACCUUAGCUUCUUGAUAGAGGAAUGCUCAGGAGGCCAAGUAGUACUGCUAGGCAUCUCUAUUUCCAGUAGCCAAAACCUACCCAGAUACAUAUCUGCAGCUUUUGAUUCUUCACCUGGAGCCUAUCAAGUUCGCAGUAAUCCUAAGUCUAGAAUGGAGAAAAGAAAGGUUUUUAUAUAGUCGCUACGACAACUUAUGAAGCGCUGGAUAUGUCCCUAUUCUUUUUAUAGAAUGCUUAUUCAAUUUUUUUCACCCUGUUUGAUUUUUAGACGAAUAUACCUAUGAAUACGACUGCAAAUUCACAGGCCAGACCAUAAAUUACUCCUGAAACGCUACAUUAUCGGUAAUCCAAGUCGGUCGGGUUUACCAUUUAUUCAGACUGUGGGUGACCUGAAGCCAUUACACAUCUCCCAGAGCUCAAAGGGUAUGCAAAAUGAACGGGACAUAUGGAAAUACAGAAUUCUUCAUCAAAGGAAUCAUGAAAAACUCGCCUUGGCAGUUUGUGAGCUCUAUUUUGCUUAUAGGAAUUAUGAUGUUUAGCUACUCUAUAAGGGUUUUUGAGCACCCUACUGAAGGUUUGAAUGAAAAUCAGAAUUUUGGGGAUUUUAACAAUGCAAUGUGGAAUGUGGUUAUUACGAUUUUGACGAUUGGGUAUGGAGACACGUUUCCUGUAACACUUCCUGGGAGGAUUUUGGAAUUUUUUAACGCAUUUUAUGGGAUUUUGUCAACAUCACUUAUGAUUGUGACGCUCACGAAUAUGCUGGAGCUAGAAACAGGGGAGUUUAAAGCGAAAAACUUGUUGGAGAGACUGGAGUUCCAAAAAGAGCUGAAAAAAGAAGCAGCUAAAGUAUUGCAGUCAGCUGUUGUUUAUAGGAAUUUACUAUAAUAAUUAGAAUUAAUAAUAGUAAAAAUUUAAAUAUAAAUACUAAUUUUAAUAUAAAAAAUAAGCUAACUCCCCGCCCCCUCCGUGGGUGAACAAAAAAAAAUUUUGUUCACUCACGGAGGGGGGUUAAUUUUUGUUUUUAAAAAAUUUAUAUAUAAAUUUUAUAGAAAAAAUGUGUUUUCGAAAUUUUAAAAAAAUCCUAAUUUGCAAAAAUUGGGAAGCAAUAUUAAUUUAAAUUUGUAAAAUUUAUGUUUUAAAACGCAAUUUGUUUAAAAUUAAACAGAAUUAACUUAAGAUUUCAUUAUACUAAUUAUCAUUUAUAUAUCACUUUUUUUUCGUAAAAAAUUUUUUCUAUUAAAAAAUUUUUGUUCACUCACGGUGGGUUUUUGGGCAAAAAAAGGGAUUUUUCUAAUGGUUUUGCUCACUCACGGAGGGGGGUAAGAAAGAUUCUUAUAAGCUCUUAGACCUCUCUAUAGGAAUAAAAAUCUAAAAACUCUUCAAGACUCGAAGUUAAGAUUCAGCAAGGGAAUAUUCGAAGAAAUAUCGCUGGCUUCCAAGCUACGAGAGCAAAACGAAAACGAAUUUACGGUAUAGACACUGCUGAGCAUUUAAUCGAAAAAAAAGUUAAUUAUAUGCAAGAACUUACUGAGGGUAAUAAAAAAGAAUGGGCGAAGUCAUUAGAAAGCCUUAAAGACAUAAAAAGCAGGGUUGCAGAAAUAUACGGAAAUAAACAAUUAUAA